AUGCCAGAAUUUGAUGGACAUCUGGCCAUCGAUAUGGAGAACAAUCCGAAGACAAUGAUAGAUAGGCGUCGAUCGGUGACCAAGAAGUUUAAAAUAUUGAUCACCGGUGGCAACGGGUUUUUGGGACAACAAUUGGCGGCCGCUUUGCUUCAGCCGACAAAUGAACUCAAGUUUGAUGAACUGAUUUUGGUCGACAUCUUUAAGCCGAUGAGUCCAAUCAAAGACGAUAGGGUCCGGUGUCUGGUCUUCGAUCUCACUCGAAGUCAAUCAUACGACGAAUUAUUUCACACUAAUAUCGAUAUUAUCUUUCAUUUGGCUGCUGUGGUCAGUGGACAGGCAGAGAAAGACAUGGAAUUAGGACACAAAGUCAAUGUUGAGGCAACACAUCUCAUACUGGAAGCAAUUCGACAACGAAACCGACCGCUCACUCGACUUGUGUUUGCCAGCAGUUGCGCUGUCUAUAGUUGGCCGCAAUCGUGUUUGGAUCGGGACAUCGAUGAGAGGACACAAGUUUUACCGCAUUGCACUUAUGGUUACCAAAAAGCGAUUAGUGAACACUUGAUAUCCGAUUACACCCGUCGGGGUUAUAUUGACGGACGUAUACUACGAUUGCCGACAAUUACAGUACGUCCGGGUGUUGCCAAUCAAGCCGUUACCUCAUUUGUUAGCGGUAUUAUUCGGGAACCAUUGAACGGUGUUGUGGCUAAAUGCCCGGUGAAUCCAACAACUCGUGUUUGGAUAAGUAGUCCCGAAGUUGUUAUUAAAAACUUUAUACACGCGGCCCGACUCCCGGCCCUAGCAUUUGGUGUCCACACACUCGUCAAUCUUCCAGGUAUUACAGUUUCGGUCGACGAUAUGGUGUCCGCUUUGGCCGUUAUUGCCGGUAAAGAAACGGCUGAAUUGAUUCGGUUUGAAUACAAUGAAGAUAUUGACCGAAUUGUAUCCUCACUGUCCGUCACCUAUGAUGUGACCCGAGCUCUUAAUUUAGGUUUUUCCCGCGACACCGAUGUCUCCCAUAUUAUACAUAAUUAUAUGGACUCCGAACUCACGGACACUGACUCGUCAUCGGACGACACGACCGAUGAGGACAGUGACAACUGA